UUUCCCACUCCUCCUGAUUCACCAAUGGGAAAACGAUUGUACCACCUGUGAAGAAACAUCUAACCAAUCAACAGCGCAACUUUCGUUUCCUUGUUUACCCUACUUCUUCAGGUGCUGCACUACCCAUCCCUAAACUUACCAACUUCUCCAAAAAGGAUACAAACCUGACUAGUGCAAGACAUGUAGCUCUGUGUACCGUCAGUAGCAGGCUCACAUUUAACUGACGCCAAGGACAUUGGAAUAUAUUUUAGUAUGCAAGGUUACAGAUGAUUUCAUUGGCUGUUUUGACAGAUAUGUUAAAUAGAGUCAGCCUUUUGCGGGCCUAGUUUUCUCAGUCUCCCUCUCAAAGUUACCUGCACUAACUAGAAAGUCCAGUUUCUCAAGAGUCCUGGAGGCAGCAUGGACCUGGACAGUAAACGGCUGGUGGUGGUGGUACCAAACGAAGUGUCUGUGCCCUCCCGCAAAGUGUUCAGCAGUGAGGAUGAAGCAUGGAGGAGUUACCUGGAGAACCCACUGACUGCUGCCACUAAGGCCAUGAUGAGCAUCAAUGGAGAUGAGGACAGUGCAGCAGCUCUGGGGUUGCUGUAUGACUACUACAAGGUUCCCAAAGAGAAGAGAUGUGUCUCCAGUGGUGUUAAACCCACAGACCCCUCUGCUGUUGGGCCUGAUAACUGCGGGAGCUUGGAGAUGCUAGAUCACCAUCUUCAGGCCCUCAGAUCUAUGCCUGUCAACCUCUCCCUAAACAACUCAUCCGCUGCAGAACAUCAGGGCUCAAAGUACAGAGGAGAGGGUAAACGUGGAGGCGGGGCGGCUCUUGCUCUGGUUAAGACAGAGGGCCAGACGUCCAUGCCGUUUCCCUGUUCUGGAAGUUCCUAUCGAGAAGAGCCCAGAGAGCAGAUAAGGAUGGUUUAUGAACAGAGCUGCUAUGAUUUGUCCCUUGCUGGGUAUUUGAAAGAUGAACAGAGAAGCUCUCCAGACAGCAUGUAUGAGGAUGCUGUGGAAGAAGAGAUGUAUCACAGAAGUCCUUCCUCAGGAGUUGAUGAAUUGCACUACAGCCCACCAGAUGACACUUUCCAGUACUGUCUGGACGCCAGCAUGUCGCUGCGGCCACAGAAAGGAGAAGGACCCAUGGCUUACUUGAACCGGGGCCAAUUCUACGCCUUGACAUUGUCAGAGAUCGGCUUUAGAUCAUCCCGACGUCAGCCCCAAGGCAAAGUGCGGGUGAGUGGGCCAACGCCGUCUCACGGGCCUGAUGGGAGCACAUCCACAAGUGAGCAGUGCACCAUGGAAGGCUCUGAGCUGCAGCAGGACAGUAUUGUACAGAGCGUUAUCAUGGUUGUCUUUGGGGAAGAUAAGUGCAGAGAUGAGCAGCUGAAGAACUGGAAAUAUUGGCACUCCCACCAGCACACUGCCAAACAGAGAGUCCUGGACAUUGCUGACUACAAGGAGAGCUUCAGCACGAUUGGAAACGUGGAGGAAAUUGCCUACAACGCUGUCUCUUUCACAUGGGACGUCAGUGAAGAAGCCAAGGUCUUUAUCUCCGUGAACUGUCUGAGCACAGACUUCUCCUCACAGAAAGGUGUGAAGGGGAUGCCGCUGAUAAUCCAGAUCGACACAUACAGCUACAACAGCAGCAGCAGCAGGCCCAUCCAUAGGGCCUUCGCUCAGAUCAAGGUCUUCUGCGACAAGGGUGCUGAGAGGAAGCUUCGUGAUGAGGAGAAGAAGCAGCUCAGGAAGAGGAUGAAAGGGAAAAAUGGCAGCUCAGGGCUGACCUCUCCCAUUAAGAGGGAUGACAGCAAGCUGUUCAAGACCAUGACAGACCUGGACUCCCAGCCUGUCCUCUUCAUUCCUGACGUGCACUUUGGAAACCUGCAGAGAGCGGGCCAGGUGUUCGCUUUCAACACGGAGGAGGUCGACAGGGAAGGGAGUGUUCUGAUGAAGAGGGUGUCAUGUGUUGCUGAUGAAGAUAUCUGUCCACCUCAGCCCAAGAAGCCCAAAGUGGACCAGGAAAGGAAAGUUCUGCUGUAUGUGAGGAAGGAGUGCGAUGAAGUGUUUGAUGCCUUGAUGCUGCGUUCCCCAACCCUCAGCGCCUUAACGGAGGCGAUCUCAGAGAAAUAUGCAGUGCCUGUUGACAAGAUGGUCAAAGUUUACCAAAAAAGCAAAAAAGGGGUCCUGGUGAACAUGGAUGACAACAUCAUCCAGCACUACUCCAACGAGGACACCUUCAUCCUGGCUAUCGACAGCUCAGCGGACUCCCUGCGUGUCACCCUGUCAGAGACAGCCACAUAGCUGUCAUCAUAUUGUCAGUCAGAGGGGAUUGCUGCUGGGUGGAACUGUAGCCAUGCUAAUGUUGUUAGCAGUAUUAGAUGACAAAAAAUAUGUCACUUGAAGGCCACAUAAGAGUCUUGGUAGGGUUUGUUGCUCUACAUGGAUCAUUGGCUAAACUCCAUCCAGCAAACGCCUCACUUGCUGCAGCACUUGUUUACUAGACAACCUGCUGGAGGAGGAACGCAGGCUUAACUUUGAAAACUUAUGAAAGUGCCCAGAUUUGUGGCUGGAUGGGAAACAUGUUUGAUCUCUCCUGGCUGACUGCCUAUGCAAGUCUUCACUUCUUGAUUCUUGGUGCACCAGAAGAAAGGUCUUUACCCAGUCCACCACAGGGUAUCCAGCCAGCUUGCUGUGGUUUCACAGGAAGAAGACACUACGGUAUCUAGUAGUCUUAUUGGAUUAGCAGAGACUGCUGUUUGCUUCCUCUGCCAUCCUCCCUGUUACCUCUUCUUGUGGCGGAAGUUUUUAAAUGACUUGAUCAGAUGUUUGAAAGGCUCUCGCUACAAAGAAAAUCUUUUGCUGACACUAAAAAUCCCAUGGUAAUGGUUUAUUGUUUUGUUGUGCACUAUUAUUUUUAGACGUGUCUUGAUUCUGAGUCAAAGCAAAUAUUUAACAUACAAGAUUCUUCAUUAAUUCUCAAUAUUUUUUUUAUUGUCGGUCAUAUAUUUUUUUUUACUGUGUACUAAAUGUUUCCAAUCAGUGCCAGUGAAAUACCAGUUAACCCAGGUUGUGAUUACAUGCUGGUGUCUCAGGAUCUAUAAUUACAUGAAGCACCAUUAUGGAACAAGACUGCAGGUCUCCAGGAUGCUGUUAAACUGUUUUGCUUCCUCUGCUCGUGUGUUUGUUGCUCUUCAUCUCACUGAGGAGACUGUAAUCAUUAGUAUUUAUGACAUUAGGACUUCACUUCCAUUUACACCAUCCUCUUCUGAGGCUAUUGAAAACCAUCAAAGCUGAACAGUCUAAUCGCUGGGUUUCAACUCACUGCUUGUGUUUACACCUGAUCCUUCGUACACUCCAUGCACCAUGAUGUACAGCCUUUUAAAUGAGUCAAUAAAUAUAGUUUUAUAUGCA